AUUUAAACCUUUUUCUAAAACCAAGCUAAAUUGAGAAAUUCGAAAUGAACACACAAGUUUUUUUCAGGGAAUGCAGAGACAUUUUGGACAUACAGUAUGAUAGACGCGAAAGGAUCAUCAAAUUAUCCAGAGACAUCACGUCACAGAGUAAAAAAAUGAUAUUUGCUUUGCACAGAGUGGCACAGGCAAAAUCGUAUAAAGACAAUACAAAGAAGUUCAGUGAAACAGAGGAUAGAAAGAAAGAUAUUAUUAUUCUAUUCAAAAAGCUAGCAGAGGAUAUACAAGGAAGGGAUUAUUACAGGUAUUCAAGAAGUUUUUCUGGUGGAAUUGAAGAGUUUAUUGAGGCACUGGCAUUUUACCAUUUCUUACAAACGGAUGAAAUAAUCACGAAACCAGAAGUAGAAGGCCACUUCAUAAACGAAGAAGGGAAAGCGUGGUUACAUAUUACAGCUGAAGAUUAUAUGUGCGGUUUAGCCGACCUUACAGGCGAGCUAAUGAGGUACGCUAUACACCUAGUGUCCUCAGGAAAAUAUGAUAAAGCGCUACACAUUUGUCGAACAUUACGAAAACUCGAUCAAGAUUUUGAUCUCAUCGCCUCAACCUACCUACCACAACUGAACAAGAAGUUAAACACGCUAAAGCAAAGCAUAAAAAAAGUAGAACAAGCCUGUUAUACCUUUCAAAUUAGAGGCAGUGAGUACCCUGCCGACAUGUAUAUGACAAUCAUAAAGAAUCAUCAAGAGCAAUAUGAACAAGAACAAGGGAAUUACUAGAGAGCAAUUCUGUCCUCUCGUAGUAUUUUCAAGAUUAAAUAAUGACGAAUGAAUAAUUUGAGAUAUCGGUUAUUAUUUAUUUACAAAAAGAGAAAAA